AUGAAAGCUUUUAUACUCCUCACCAUUUUCACAACCGUUGUAGUCUCAUUUCAAGAUGUGUUUGACACUGCGACAGCACACACCAUUAGGCAAUUUCCAUCGUACACCCUCUUCACUAAACCAAUCGCCUCACUAGGAUUAGAAUCGCCUUCUGUAGGACAGUAUGCAGGAUACUUCAAAUGUGACUUGACUCAACAAAACAUGUUCUACUAUUUCUUUGAAAGCAGAAGCCCAACUCCCACAGAAGAUCCAUUGAUUCUUUGGCUCACGGGUGGCCCUGGUUGUUCAUCAAGUUAUGGAUUGUUCUUUGAAUUGGGACCAAGCUCAAUAAAUGCCAAGCUUGAGCCUGUCUACAACCCCUGGUCCUGGAACUCCAACGCGUCAAUAAUUUUCUUGGAUCAACCCACCAACACCGGGUUUUCUUAUGGAGGAAUUCCAGCUCUCAACACCGAUACUGCAACUCAGCUGAUUUACAUUUUCAUUGAAUUCUUCUUUGACCGCUUUCCACAGUUCAGAAAGGUGCCUUUCCAUAUUGCUGGCGAAUCGUAUUCUGGACACUACAUUCCCAACUUAAUGAACCAAUUUAAAAAGAACGAAUUAACGAUUACAUUCAAUGUCAGCUCUGUACUUAUUGGAAAUGGCAUCAUUGACCCUUUGACACAAAUCGGCGCUUACAGGCCUAUGGCCUGUGGAGGUGGUGGGUACAAAAGACUUCUCAAUGAGCUGGUAUGCCAAGAUAUGCUGGAGCAAUACCAAGAAUUUAAACGGUUUGAUGAGUUGUGUUACAAGUAUGGUGAGAUCCUCUCCUGCGCUUAUGCCAGGAGGUUAGGUAAUGAAGUGGGGGCCCCAUUCUACGAACUUGGUAUUAAUCCGUACGAUAUUAGGAAAGAAUGCGUUGCAAACACUUCUGAUUGUUAUGUUGAGUCGCUGCCAAUUGAUCAGUACUUGAAUCUUGUAGAUGUGAAAGACGCGCUUGGGGUUCCCACUGAAAUUGAGUUCCAGAUGUGUAAAGACUCAGUUGCUAUUCCAUUUGAGAUUUAUGGAGAUAACAUGCGCCCUUCACAACAGUAUCUUCAGGAUUUGUUGGAAGAAGAUAUUCCGGUGCUCAUUUAUGCUGGUGACAAGGAUUACCUUUGUGGUUGGGUUGGCCUAUUAGAGGUUUGCAAUAAGCUAAACUGUAAGCAGUUCGGGGAUCAAAAACUACGUCAUUGGGUGACAAAGGGUGGUAAUAUUGCAGGAGAGGUGAAAAAUUUUGACAAGUUGACGUUUGUGAGAGUGUAUGAUGCUGGACACAUGGUGCCAUUUGAUCAGCCUGAAAAUGCAUUGGAUUUGGUCAAUCGUUGGAUCAAUGGUGAUUAUGGAUUGAUUAACUAG